CUUUUAUUUUUAUUUUAUCUAGCUAGAGUUGUGGAACUCAUCACCAAGCCUGCCAUGAAAGAUUCACAACCGUCUCUCUCACGGCGACGACGUGACCUAUAUCAUGUCGGAAACUGCACAACAACAACCAUUCCUUUAGAUCUCAUCAUCGAGAUACUCUCUCUACUUCCUGCGAAGUCGCUCUUACAAUUCCAAUCCGUGUCGAAGCUAUGGUUCUCUACCAUCCGCAGCAAAACUUUUGUCGACUCGUUCUUGACUAGGUCAAAGAAUCGUCCUCGUCUCCUUUUCACGUUCUAUCUAAAAAAUUCCUGGGAGAAAUUCCUCUUCUCGGCUCCUGAAUACGACGAUGAUAAAUCCUCCAGUGUCUUGGCAAGAUACGACAUGACAAUCUCGGAUCUCGACGAGAUCUGUGGUUCUGUCAACGGUUUCGUCUGCUUUAGAAGUGUUGUUUCUUCGAAACCCGUUUGUAAUAAUAAGAUCACCGUCUAUAAUCCCACCACUAGACAUAUUAUGAAGUUGCCUGACGUUACAUCCGGCAGAAGAUACGUGGACGCACUUAUUGCGUAUGAUACAGUCGAGGAUCAGUACAAGGUGUUAUGUGUGAAGAUGUUUGACCGUAAAACACAACAACAACAGGAGCAUUUCGUUUGCACUGUGAGUUCAUCUCAGAAACAAGAGUGGAGAAAGAUCGAGAACACGACUGGAGGUAGUUACAAAUGUGUCCUCUUGGGACAUAUAUUCAUUGAUGGUGCUCUAUACUACAGAAUUGAUCAGUCAAGAAUAGUUAGAUUCGAUGUUAGAGCAGAGAAGAUUGAGAUUAUUAAAACACCCAAAGAGUCGCAUGUCUCGGUAGCAUACGAUUCAGCUCUUAUAGAUUAUAAUGGUAAAUUAUAUUGGGACGUUUAGUAGGUUCUUGCGCAAACAAUUUGGUGACAUUGUGGGUUCUUGAGGAUGUUGAGAAACAA